AAACAAUAAUUUGACAUGACAUAAUAGGACACAAUCAAAUCAUCUUUGUAAAUAUACAAAAUGAAAUUAUAAAAGAACUUCAGGAAAUUCCUUCGAACAACGAUCGUUGUACCUAUAUGAACUUAUUUGAACGUAUAAUAGGAGUCAUCUAUGGCAGAAUACCCGAAGUGGUGGUUGAUGGUGUGGAAGCUGUUUAUCCUGGGACUGCUUCGUCCGGGCUGGUCAGUACUGAUGCACCCAUCUGAAGAUUACAAAGAGUUUGAUGAAGUACCUAUAUACCAACCGGAGCAGACGCAUUUAACUUAUGAUGACGAAUCAAAUGGCUUUACUCUAACCUGGUCCACCCCGAAAACCCCCGGAAAAGCAAAAUUGAAGUAUGGAGAACAACCGAAAGACCAGUGCAGCGUGCUACGGCCGAAAAUAUUACCUGUCGGAGGCAGCGGGAAGAAACAAUGGGUCAAUAUCGUGAAGCUGAACAGUUUCAAUAAUAAUACUGCUUAUAAUACUACGUAUGUUUAUAAAAUAGGAUCCAACCACGCGUGGUCUGAGCUGAUGAAGUUCAGAACCCCGCCUCCAAGGAAGUAUCAACCACAACGAGUGCUUUAUUUUGGAGAUAUAGAGGGGAAAGGACAAUACAAUAUGACACACAUGAGCGUGCAGACGAGAAAAGGAAAGACGAAACAGAAGAAGAAACAGAAACAUAGUUGACAAAAUCUUACAAAUUCCGAUAUUUCAGAUUAAGAUACUUUAGACUAAUAUUUGCAAAGCGAAUGUAAUCAUUUGAAUAUAUUUUGAACUUCAUUCGGAUAUUGUUCUGCCAUAUUUUAAUCAACUACUUCUUCUACCAUGUCCAUGGUGUCCCUGAUGCCCAUGCUAUGAAUGAAGCCUCCUGAGGCCCCUGAUACAGCUCUUGUAACGACUUCAAGUUCUCAACUCAAAUUGUCUCAUUAGUUUUAAGUUUUGUACUGAUUGGCCAAAAACUAAAAAGAUCCGUGCCGGAAGGCACGUUAAGCCGUUGGUCCCGCUUAUUAGCAGU